UUCUCAGAUUAAUGUUUGUUUACAUCAUGUUUACAUUUUUAUCUAAAUAGAUUAAGACUUACCUAUAUUUGCCUAAAUUUAAUUUCAUAACAAAUGGACGAAGCGCGCUGUCGGGCUCGGCAUGCUACCAGUCGCAAAUGUGCCGCAGUGACGAAACGGAUAGUGUGUUCUGUGUUGUCUAAAAACAGUAACCGUGCCAUCUAAUAAUAUGGCAUGUAGAAAAUAUUGUGCUGUCUUUGGUUGCAUGAAUUCCUCAUUAUCGCACCCAGAAACAACUUUUUUUAAAUUACCUGGAAACACCGAAAGGCCAAUCCGUUCAUCUCUAAUGCCGUAAAGUUGAAAGAACAAGAAAAGAAAAACAAUUUGACACUGACAUUUUUGACAGUUCUGGCAGCUGACAGUUUGUGUGUGAGUUACAAAGUGAGGUUAUGUUUUGGUUUGAUGGUACAAAACAAAGUAACUUUUACCAAAAAUACAGCGGUAAUUCGUUAAUUUACGUAUUUGACAAAAAUUUAAUAAACAAUGCCACCAAAAAAGAGAGGCACCGUUCAUAACCGACGCACAAACCAUCAUGUUAAACGAGAUUACGCCGAGAAAUUCAAUGACCUGAGUAUCCAGUCGUCGUCAGAAGAAUCAAAUGAAAACGAGAGCUCAGGGAGUUCAGAUGACGAGGGUGUUCCACCCACCUUCAAUAUCAGCAUGUGGGAUUUAAAUCACUGUGACCCUAAAAAGUGUUCAGGAAGAAAACUCGCUAGACAUAACCUCAUCAAGAACUUAAAACUUGGACAACGCUUUCCAGGACUCGUAUUGUCUCCUGUUGGUACUCAGUGUGUGAGCCCGGCCGAUAAGAAUAUAAUAGAAAAGUUUGGACUAGCUGUGAUAGAUUGCUCCUGGGCGAAAAUCGAUGAAACCCCAUUUGACCGUAUGAAAUCAAAUCAUCCAAGAUUGUUGCCAUUUUUAGUCGCUGCAAACCCCAUAAAUUACGGAAAGCCGUACCAGCUUAGCUGUGUUGAGGCAUUGGCAGCGGCUAUGGUUAUUACAGGCCAAAAGAAAGCGGCACAAUUUUAUUUAGGAAAAUUUUCAUGGGGCCAUUCUUUCUUGGAAUUAAACUCUGAAGUAUUAGAUCUGUAUUCUAAAUGUACUGACAGUAAGAGUGUGAUAGAAGCACAGAACACCUUCUUAGAGAAUGCAAAUAAAGAAAGAGACUCAAAACCUAUGUGGCCUCCGAGUGAUUCUGAGACUGAGUCAGAUGAUAGUUCAUAGUAAUUUUACAUUUAAUAGUGAUGUUAUUCAUGUAAUGUUAUUAUGUAUUUGUAAAUAAUUGUAAAAGUAUCAAUAUAUUUAAGCAAUAUUUACCUCAAAUGUAAUAAAAUAGGUGCGAUUUAUUUAAAA